AUGGGAGCACAAAUAGUGAAAGCUAACCUUGCUGUAACUAUCUUAUGGAUAUGGUGCUUAGUGACGACUGAAACAAACAAUUGUUCAGUGCCAAUAGUAACUGACGAAACAGGAACUAUAAACUAUACCAGCAAAAUUUUCAAUCUCUCAUUAACGGAAGAUCGAACAUUAACAAUACAAAACAAAAGUUGUACAACAGUACUAAAAUUACCACCACCUUCUGAGGUGGAGAAAAAUACACGCAGAGGAUAUCGUACCGUCUCCGU